GUUACUGAUGUAGUGGCGCUGACGUCAGUAACGUCAUUCAGUUAUUGUCAAGAUGGCGGAGAAGAAGAAAGGCAAAAAGCGAAAAGAGGAGUAUGUCCCUCCCGGUGAAAAGGUCAUCGACAAACCUUCAAAGGAGGAGUUUACCCUCGCCAAAUGGAUGAGGAAGAACGUCCCCAUUAAGAAAACAAAAUUUUUGAAUCACAACGUUGAAUAUUUCACAGGCAAGAGGGCCGUCGAUGCCCUUAUGGAGUCGGAUUUUGUGAAAAGGGACGAACCGCUGUUCAAAACAAGGGAUGAGAUUGUCGAUUACUUGCACGUCAUGUUAGAACACAAGUUCUAUCACAGGGCCCGAAAAGUCCCCGUUUCCGAGUCCGAAUUAAAGAGCAAGAAGAAGGAGAAGAAAGCCGUCGAGCCGGUCGAGGAGGAGAAGAAAGAUAAGGACAAAGGGACAGACGCUGAAAGUAGCGUCGUUGAGGGGGCGAAAGACGCUCAGCCCGACAAGGAGAAGGAGAAGCGUAAGAAGAAAAUCCGUCUCGACAUGCACAACGACCAACGAUUCGUGGAUUCCCUGGACGCGUACGUCUGGAUAUACGACCCCAUCCCCUUCCAUUACUGGAUAAUCGGAACCCUGCUGGUGCUGGGCGCCAUCGGCGUGUGCCUGUUCCCCUUGUGGCCCCCGUCCAUAAGGUUAGGAGUGUACUAUUUGAGCGUAGCUGCCGCCGGUUUCCUGGUCUCUAUAAUUGUACUGGCGGUGAUCCGGCUGAUAGUCUUCUGUUUGAUAUGGACGGUGACCAUGGGCAAACACCACCUGUGGAUCUUGCCGAACUUGACGGAAGACGUGGGGUUCUUCGCUUCCUUCUGGCCGCUCUACACCUACCAGUAUAAGGGAAAGUCGUCGGGUGGCGACAAGAAAGGCAAGAAGAAGAAGAAAGAUAAGGAUUCGGACGCGGAGGAUGAGAACGACGAUAAACCGGGGGACGCUCCUCCUGAGAAGGUGGAGACAGUGCAACCAGACCCUGCGGGAUACGAAGGGAACCACGAGGACGCCGCCGACGAUCCCGCCGCGACGGAACAGCCGGGCGGUUCGGAGAGCGAGAGCGAAUCCAGCCAGAGGUCGAGUACGGGCAAAGACUUCGAAAUGGUGGACCAAACCGAGCUAGAAUAACACUAUCCAAAUAGGUUUAAUAGGUAGUUUAAUAUCUAAGCCGCACAUCCGGAUCGUGGUAUGAAACGUUCUUUCCAAAAUCUCCUUUUACUUUAUUCAUACCUUUUUAUUAAUUUUCGAGUGGCGUCUCGAGAGGUAGCAGUAAAUUUACUUGUUAUUUUUUUUUUGUUUAUUUAUUUUACACAUACAAUUAUUUUUGUAAAUACUUAAGGUUAUGCAUUUCUCCUAGUGCAUAGUUUAAACGAUAUCGAUGGAUCUUGCAGCAGUUUGGAAAUUCUUUUGAUUUUAUUAUUUUUUUAAUUUUUUUUUUUUUUCUUUGUCGGCGGGGCCCGCAAAGAUCUAUUACGCGCGAGACUUAUAGCAUAGAUUUUAUGUAUAUUUUUGUAAUUGGUGCUAAUGAGGGAUCUUAACUGAUUUGCUGAUUUUUAUUUGUUAGUUACGAUAGACUGUUGCAUUUACAAUUUGUAUUGUUUUAAUAUAUUAUAUAUCUAAUUCUAUGAAAUAAAGAUAUUGUACAUA